AUCUCACUCAUACUCGUAUAGGAGAAAGCCGAUUGGUGAGUGCGAACGUGUGUGGAUGUUACAUUACCACUCUCACUCUCACUCUCACCCUCACUCCCACUUUGGGCUAUAUCGUCACGUCUCACUCUGUUGUCACUCACUGGUCACUGUUUGUCUCUGGUCACACAUCGGAAGUCUUCGGUGAUAGGUGAGGGUUAUCACGACUAUAAAGUCAGAACACCCACCACCUCUCUUUCUCUCCAACCUCGACUCGAACACACGUGUAACCAGAACAUACCUUAUACAAUUCACAAUGCGUAACCCAUUAGCUGCUCGUUCGUUGGAACCCACCACUGGGGAACAUCCGGUGGAUUCGAACAUCAUCGAAGAGAAGAUUGGACUGAGUAAGAUAGGAACUAUCUUCGCCUCUGGUGCCGCGCUCUUCUCAGACGGAUAUGCGAACGCCUCCAUCGGACCCGUACUCCACAUCAUCAGGACUUACAUUUAUCCCGACUCAUUCAAAUCAGGGUCACAGAAUGCCUCGCUUGUCUCGUCCAUGGCCUUCGCGGGUAUCAUCAUAGGACAGCUUUCGUUUGGAUGGAUCAGUGACAAGAUCGGACGGAAAUUUGGCAUGUUGGCUUGCACUUUCAUCGUCUUUCUCUUCUCCGCUCUCGAAGCUGCCAGUAAAGGUCCAGGUCCCCAGGGAACAAUCAACGCCUUGAUUGCUUACCGUUUUUUCGUCGGUAUAGGUAUAGGUGGAGAAUACCCUACCGGAUCUGUAGCGGCGGCCGAGAACACCGAGGACCCAGGUAUCAACAAGAGACACCAGCAACGUCUCUUUGUACUUGCUACCAAUACCAUGAUCGACUUUGCCUUUGUCUUAUCCUACUUUGUCUGUCUUGUGCUCCUGUGGAUUUUCGGAAUGAACCAUCUCAACGCUGUAUGGCGCAUGACCCUCGGUUUGGGUGUCAUCCCGCCAAUGUUUUUACUCUAUUUCCGACUCAAGAUGUCCGAGCCUGAAAGCUACAAAGCCAACUCCAUGAAACAUACUCGUAUCCCCUAUUGGCUCCUCAUCAAGAGAUAUUGGGUGAAACUGUUGGCCGUGUCGAUCACUUGGUUUCUCUAUGAUUGGAUCACUUACCCUUUUGGUCUUUACUCAACCGCCAUCACGAGUGUCGCUGUUCCAAAUGCCACUCUUUACGAGACUAUCGGCUGGGGAUGUCUGAUCAACUUCUUUUACAUCCCCGGAACAGUCAUCGGUGCAUUUGUGGUGGAUUGGCUCGGUCCGAAGUAUUGCAUGAUCUUUGGUUUGAUCAUGCAAGCCAUUUUUGGAUUCUUCCUUUCUGGAUUCUACCAUCAUCUCGUACCUAAUCACGUCGCAGGUUUCGCUAUCAUGUACGGUAUCUUUUUGUCCUUCGGAGAACUCGGGCCAGGAAACUGCUUGGGUUUACUUGCAUCGAAAGCUAUUGGACCCACUGCCGCCAGAGGACAACUGUAUGGUAUUGCAGCUGCUGUAGGCAAGGUGGGCGCUUUUAUCGGGACCUACACGUUCGACGAUAUCAUCGCCUCAUUCGGUGGAGAAGAUUCAUAUGGAAGUAACACUGGCGUAUUUUGGCUAGCUUCUGGUCUAGCAGUAGCUUCGGCAAUCAUCACCUUUGUCUUCAUUCCGAACAUCCGAUCUGACUUCAUGCAUGAUGAAGAUAUCAAGUUCCGCGAGUAUCUCAUCGAGCACGGAUACGAUGUAUCGAAGAUGGGUGCUGAUCCUCUAUCCGAUGUGAACCAGAUGGAAGCUGCUGCCAUCAGAGCUGAUGGGGAGAAGCUUUGAGCGGUCAGUUAGAUGGAUGAAUAUUGAUUGACUUGUUGAAUCGUGGGUAAUGUGAUAAGUAUAAUUGCUACGACUUGAUACCAUCUCGACUCCACAUCAAGUGGUGAUUGUUUAAUCAGAAUGCAUGCUGUCUUGUUAG